UUGUUUAAAAACAUCAAAUUACCGUUGAACACAUUUUCCCCCAAAUUCCAAACCCUAAUUCUCACAAACUAGCGCAGACACCUCCAUUGCCCCCAAUCCGCACCCUUUCGCACUCUCCCGGCGCUGGUAGCAGUGUCAGUGUGAGGCGUUUGAAGUAAUUUAGCUCCAAUUUCAGUUUGCCGGUGCAUGAAUUAGGAGCUUGAAUGUUCGCCGCGGAUGGCGAUUUAGUUCCUGAAGCUUUUGUUCUCUGAGGAGUCGUGAGAGUCUAGGUUGUAUACGGAAGAAUGCAGGGCUCGUCGCAGAGCUCUGCGGCGGCUCAGCCGGAGGCGAUAUUGCAAUGGCUUCAGAAGGAAAUGGGGUACCGGCCUUUGGGUCCGUACAGUGCUGCUUCUAGCAAAUCGCAAUUGCCCUCAAUCUACUCGAUGAGGAAGAUUUUCCGUGGGAACAUGAUACCCAUUUGGAAUUUCUUGAUUACCCGCGUGAAGUCGGAGAACACUGUGAAGAAUAUUCGGAGGAAUAUAACGGUUCACGGUGGUGGCGGUGGCGGGGAUGGUGGCGCAUUGGUAAAAUCGGGGAAGGAGGAGGGUACCAGGAGUAAAGGAGGUAGGAGAAAGGAGAAGCUUGGGGAGGGUACGAGUGCGGCGGAGACUAGAGAGGCCGCGCUGCAAGAGAGGGACUUGGCGGCAAAGGAGGUGGAGAAGUUGAGGAACAUUGUGAAGAGGCAGAGGAAGGAUUUGAAGGCCAGAAUGUUGGAGGUUUCAAGGGCCGAGGCUGAACGGAAGAGGAUGCUUGAUGAACGCUCUAAAAAAAGGCAUAAUCAAGUAAUGUUGGAGGCUUAUUAUCAACAGUGUGAUGAAGCGGAAAAGAUAUUUGCAGAGUAUCAUAAACGUCUUCGUUAUUAUGUUAAUCAAGCAAGAGAUGCUCAAAGGUCUGGUGUUGAUUCAUCUCUUGAAUUGGUUAACAAUUUUGGUUCAAAUAGUGAAAAGGAAGCUGUUUAUUCAACUCUUAAGGGCAGUAAAGCGGCAGAAGAUGUACUUCUUAUUGAAACCACUAAGGAAAGAAAUAUCCGAAAUGCCUGUGAAUCUCUUGCAGCACAUAUGAUAGAAAAAAUUCGAUGUUCUUUUCCCGCAUAUGAAGGAAGUGGUAUUCAUUUGAAUCCUCAGUUAGAAGCAGCCAGGUUAGGCUUUAAUUUUGAUGGGGAAUUACCCGAUGAGGUUAGAGCUGCAAUUGUGAAUGGGUUGAAGAAUCCUCCUCAAUUGCUUCAGGCAAUUACUUCAUACACAUCACGGUUGAAAUCUCUAAUUUCCAGUGAGAUAGAGAAAAUUGAUGUUAGAGCUGAUGCAGAAACUUUGAGGUACAAGUAUGAGAACAACCGAGUUAUGGAUGUUUCUUCUCCUGAUGUGAGUUCACCAUUACACUAUCAACUAUAUGGUAAUGGAAAGAUAGGAGCGGAUGCACCUUCUAGAGGAACUCAACUUAUUGAAAGACAGAAAGCACAUGUUCAGCAAUUUUUGGCUACUGAAGAUGCACUGAACAAAGCUGCAGAAGCUAGGGAUCUAUGUCAAAAACUUACAAAACGCUUGCAUGGCAAUAGUGAUGUAAUUUCUUCAGGAACAUCACAAAAUGUGGGCAGUCUUAGGCAACUUGAGCUGGAGGUUUGGGCCAAGGAAAGAGAAGUUGCUGGCUUGAGGGCUAGCUUGAAUACACUCAUGUCUGAAAUACAGCGCUUAAAUAAAUUAUGUGCGGAAAGGAAAGAAGCUGAAGAUUCUCUGAAAAAGAAGUGGAAGAAGAUUGAAGAAUUUGAUUACCGCAGAUCAGAACUUGAAAUCAUAUAUACCUCAUUACUAAAAGUUAACAUGGAUGCUGCUGCCUUCUGGAAUCAGCAGCCAUUAGCCGCACGGGAGUAUGCAUCAAGCACUAUUAUUCCUGCAUGCACAAUAGUCAUGGAUCUUUCAAAUAGUGCAAAAGAUCUUAUUGAAAGAGAAGUUUCUGCUUUUGACCAAAGUCCUGAUAAUAGCCUCUACAUGCUUCCAGCAACUCCACAGGCACUUUUGGAGUCCAUGGGUACAAAUGGGUCUACUGGACCUGAAGCUGUUGCUGCUGCAGAAAAAAAUGCUGCUAUAUUAACUGCAAAAGCAGGAGCUAGGGAUCCAUCAGCAAUUCCAUCCAUAUGUCGCAUAUCUGCUGCCCUUCAGUAUCCUGGUGGUUUGGAGGGUUCAGACGCUGCCCUAGCAUCAAUCCUAGAGUCCCUGGAAUUCUGUUUGAAACUUCGUGGUUCUGAAGCUAGUGUAUUGGAGGACUUGGUAAAGGCAAUCAAUUUGGUCCAUACACGACAGGAUCUUGUUGAAAGUGGUCAUGUGUUGUUGAACCAUGCCUAUAGAGCUCAACAAGAAUAUGAAAGGACAACGAGCAAUUGUUUAAAUGUGGCUGCUGAGCAAGAGAAAAUUGUCAUGGAGAAAUGGUUGCCUGAACUUAAGGCUGCAAUUUUGAGUGCUCAGAAGUGCUUGGAAGAUUGCAACUAUGUUAGGGGAUUGCUUGAUGAAUGGUGGGAGCAACCAGCAGCAACUGUUGUUGACUGGGUCCUAGUCGACGGAUUAAACGUUGCUGCCUGGCAUAAUCAUGUGAAGCAGCUCCUUGCAUUUUAUGAUCAGGAGCACUUGUGAAUAUUAAUCGAGUACUCAGCAAACAAGAUUUUCUCGGGAUCUCCCUGGUCUUCCUGGAUCAAGUUUGCCACUUCUACAAGGCCCUGGUCUCAUUCAUUCUAGCAUUACUAAAAACAGCUACAAAGGCCUGGUUAAAACGGCUCAAGCUCGACUUCCUGCUUGGAAGGUGAUUCGUCAUCUCUUGCUGGUCGGGCCAGUCUUGUUCAGUCUUCCACCUCCGUUAUCCCAGUAUAUGGUAUGCAGAUAGGGUUUAGGGUUUAGAGUUUAGGUGUGCAGACAGGGUCGGGCCAGGUUUGCCUUCCGAAGUCUCUUAGUGGGCUUGGCUUGAAAAACAUGAGGGUUAUGAACAUCUCUUCUUGCUAAGAAUCCUUGGAGAUUGAUGGAGGGGAUAAUGGUCUCUGGGCAAAAGUUUUCAGUGGCAAGUACAUUGACCAUUGGGUCAGUUACUCAAUGAUAAGACCGCUUUAGGGUCUUCUUGCACUUGGAAAGGUGUUCUUGAAGGGACUAAACUUUUGUAUGAAGGGCUACUUUGGCGAAUUUGGAAUUGGUAAUACGGUAAAAUUUUGGACUGACAGAUGGGCUAAAUCAUGGUAGCUGCCUGCUCUCCGACGAUAUGCUUAAGGCUACCGUAGUUGAUUAUUGUUACAAUAAUGGUUGGGAUGUUGGUAAACACUACUUGUUUUACCAAAGGAGGUUGUUGAACAAAUUCUUAGCAUUCUAGUUGGUUUUGGUACUUUGGAGGAUAAGUGUAGCUGGAGUGGAACACAAAUGAUGUUAAUAUGUUGGCCAUUAAUUCUAGUGGUUUUCCUAAUAUGUGAUAAAUCUCAUUUGGAAUCUUCA